CGGAUUCCCGGAACAACCGGCAGAGGCUCCCAGGAUGAGCGGGUGGCGGUGGCUGCUGCUGCGGCGGCGGCGCUGACAGGACACGAGCUCUAUGCCUUUCCGGCUGCUGGUCCCGCUCGGCCUCCUGUGUGCGCUGCUGCCCCUGCACCAUGGUGCGCCAGGCCCGGAUGGCACCGCGCCCGACCCCGCUCACUACAGGGAGCGAGUCAAGGCCAUGUUCUACCACGCCUACGACAGCUACCUGGAGAAUGCCUUUCCCUACGACGAGCUGCGACCUCUCACCUGUGACGGGCACGACACCUGGGGCAGUUUUUCUCUGACGCUAAUUGAUGCCCUGGACACUUUGCUGAUUUUGGGGAAUGUCUCGGAAUUCCAAAGAGUGGUUGAAGUGCUCCAGGACAACAUAGAUUUUGAUAUUGAUGUGAAUGCCUCCGUCUUUGAAACCAACAUCCGAGAUCCCAACUUUAUGGAGGUAUCUUUUAUCAGACUUUCCACUUUGGUGGUAGGAGGACUUCUGUCUGCUCACCUGCUGUCAAAGAAGGCUGGGGUGGAAGUGGAGGCCGGCUGGCCCUGCUCUGGGCCUCUCCUGAGGAUGGCUGAGGAGGCGGCCCGAAAACUCCUCCCAGCAUUUCAGACCCCCACUGGCAUGCCGUAUGGGACAGUGAACCUGCUUCAUGGUGUGAACCCGGGAGAAACCCCUGUCACCUGUACGGCAGGCAUCGGGACCUUCAUUGUGGAAUUUGCCACCCUGAGCAGCCUCACUGGUGACCCCGUGUUUGAAGAUGUGGCCAGAGUGGCCCUCGUGCGCCUCUGGGAGAGCCGGUCGGAUAUUGGGCUGGUUGGCAACCAUAUCGAUGUGCUCACUGGAAAGUGGGUGGCGCAGGACUCAGGCAUCGGGGCUGGCGUGGACUCCUACUUUGAGUACCUGGUGAAAGGAGCCAUUUUGCUUCAGGAUAAGAAACUCAUGGCCAUGUUCCUAGAAUAUAACAAAGCCAUUCGGAAUUACACCCGCUUCGAUGACUGGUACCUGUGGGUGCAGAUGUACAAGGGGACUGUGUCCAUGCCAGUCUUCCAGUCCCUAGAGGCCUAUUGGCCUGGUCUUCAGAGCCUCAUUGGGGACAUUGACAAUGCCAUGAGGACCUUCCUCAACUACUAUACUGUAUGGAAGCAGUUUGGGGGGCUCCCAGAAUUCUACAACAUUCCGCAGGGAUACACAGUGGAGAAGCGAGAGGGCUACCCUCUUCGGCCAGCUCAAGAGAUUGUCGUGGGAGUUGUGGAGGGGACAGAAGAGGGAGUAAAACAGCAACAGCAAGUUAGUCACUUUGAUUCCUCGAGGCUGCUCUUGGUAUUUCUCAUGUAUUUAUUCUCACAGCUUUUUCUUUUCUCUUCUUUUCCUUUCCUUUCCUGUCCUGUCUUGUCCUUUUUUUUUUUAAGAGAAAACUCUCAGAAGGUGUCAUACCCAGUGUUACCAAUAGAUAAAAUGAAGACAGUUUGGGACUAAACGUAGGACGUAGGCUUGUGCAUUCUCAGGGUUAGAAGGAGCCUGAGAGCCUUCUAAUUGAGAUCCCCUGUCAUUGUACAAGUGGUUAUCUGGUCUUCGUUCAGUUAACACCAGUGACAGGGAGCUCAUUAUUUCCAGAGGCACCCUGUUCAUUUGCAGGGUAGGCUGGCCGGACGGCAUCAGUGGAAAGUAAGGCAGCAUAGCCAGGAAUCCAGUAAUGCCUUAGUCCGGUCACCCUUCCUGCCCCAAAACAAUAGCGAAUGGGAGAUAAGGUACUGCUCUUUCAUUAGAUUGACCAGUGUCUUUACACUCUGGUACGUGCCUCUGAUUGGCAGUAUUGAAGCACAGAACCUGGCCUAAAGGUCUCUGAGGGCCUUUACCUCCCCCUAAGUCCAAUCUAAGCCUUGGGCUGUCACCCUGUUCAGGCAGUUGGCCAAUAUACAAGAAAUUAAAGCAAUGACAGCCGAUGUAGACCCAUGUAUGGGGAAGAGAAAACAAGAUGGCUGGGCCCGGGGUGCACUGAGCCAGCCAGCUGCUAGCAGCAGGACAAGAGGCUUCCCCGAAGCACUAUCUUUUCUUUGAACUCACACAGUGUGUUCUCUUACUAGUAAAUGUGCCCCCACCUAUGCCUUAGAAUACGAGCAAUCAGAUUAGCAAUUGUCUAGAGACCUGUGGGGUAAAGGGAGGGAGA